UUCGUCAAAACAUUUGUUCCGGAAUCAAUAAACAGAAUAAAUAUACCUACUUAAGUAAAUGAAAUAUCGGUAAAACAGUAAGUGAGUAAAACAUCUAAGAGAGUUCAUUUUGUGUAACAAAACUAGGUAGAGCCAAAACUCCAGUGCAUUUACUUUGUUGAUUAAGCCAGUGCUCGAUAAAAGAUGAUGAUGAUGAGAUAAAACAUUGGUCUCCAUUUCAGAGAGGCUCAAGAAACUACAAUUAUUCUUAGCAGAUUGAAGAGUUUAAGACGCAAAUUGAACAUGAAUGCAGUAAAAAUAACAUUAUGGAUGGUAACAGUUAGUUUAUCGAUUUUUGUGUUAAUUAUAUACCACCUAUACCAUUUCUCAUUUGCACGGAAUCAUCACAAUACAAACAAAAUAUAUCAACAACUCCCAUCAAGCACGAAACGGAAUUUUGACACUCCCAUGAGGCACAUACCAUUAGAUGAGAUUUAUAAAGACAUACGGCUCCAUGAUCAGGACCUUUCGCUUGAAUUCGAGGAGACUAGACGAGUUAAAUAUACGAUAAACACUCCAGGUUGUCGUAUCCCACAUGCAGUGGUUAAUUACAAAAAAAAACAAAAUAAAAGAAAGAGCGGUUUUUGUGGAUAUCGUGCAAUUUAUUUUGAAAGAGAAGGUGUGGAUAAAUUGCGUGCGGUUAUAAAUGAGAAAGCCUUAAGGAAAUAUCUUAGAAGAAGCAAAAGUUACCACUGUUGUUAUAGAUUCUUCCAAAGAUCGACAAGACCUGGCUUUGAACAUAGAACGCUUCGGUUCUCAAAAUGUAAAAACUUGCAACACAAAGAAACAAUAGUCUUGGAACAAGAUUUUAUUAAUGUUCAAUGUUUUGAAAAUACGGCGAGGAAUCAAACACACCGUAUAUAUGAUGACGUAUAUGCAUUUUGUAAAAGAAUUAAAUUAAGAAACGAGACAAGAUGCGGGACAAAGUAUAAUGUGUUACUCUUAGGAAUGGAUUCAAUGUCUUUAUCUCGUUUUGCUCAGACAAUGUCUAAAACGGCGAAGUUCGUGGAUAGCAAAUUUUGGCCAAACUACAGAGGAUAUCAUAAGGUAGGUGACAAUACCUUCCCUAAUUUGAUGGCUUCUUUAACGGGUCUGAACAUAUCGACUAUUGUGAAAUCGUGCUCAGGAAGGAUGGACCAAUGCAACGACAAGCUGAUUUGGUCUAUCUUCAAAAGCUCUGGUUACGUAACUGCAUAUGGAGAAGAUCAUUUGCGGCUUCCUGAUAUUUUUAGUAAGGACUUUAUAUACCGGCAAUCUCCUACAGAUCACUACAUAAGACCGUUUUUCUUAAAAGAGGAAAACGAAAUAAACAAUCAUUCAUUACUUUGCGCUGGAAAGAUCUCAGCCGGUCAGCAGCUACUGGACUACGCAAUGAAUUUCGUUUUGACAUACCGAGACGAUCCUUUCUUUGGUUUUUUCUGGAUGAACUCUUUCAGCCACAACAUGAACAACCAUCCAGAAGAUGCAGACCAAAUGUUUGAGAGCUUUUUAAGCCGUCUCACCUAUUCGAGGGCAUUCGACAAAACGUUCAUCAUAUUUCUGAGCGAUCAUGGAAUUCGGUUUGGUGAAAAUCGCCUUCUAGUAGAAUCAUACUACGAUGAUCGUAUGCCAUUACUUUAUAUCUGGCCACCUCGAAAAUUCAAAAUGAAUCACCCCAGUAAACUGAAGGCAUUAAUUAAAAACCAAUUCCGAUUGAUCACUCCAUACGAUUUGUAUAAAACGCUUUUAGAAAUAAAUGAAUUAUCCCAAUGCGAUGCAUCCCAAUGCGAUGUAGAAAAAGACACUUCUAUUCCCAAACACCAAAGUAUUUUCAGUGUUAUUAGCCCUAAUCGCACUUGCCAGGACGUUGGCAUUCACGAUAAAUGGUGCAGUUGCCACAAUUUGUAUCCCCUUGACGCCGAAGACGCAGAGGGGAUUAGGAGUGUUAAUUUCGCUGUAUCGCACAUUCAGUCAGUGAGGAAAAAUAUAAAAACGAAACGAUGUUGGAGUUGCGCACAUCUUUCACUUAAAAAUGUAAGCAGAAUUCAUUUCUACUAUGACAAAGACAAGGUGAAUCUUUAUUUUGUUGUAGCAUUUUCUAUGAGUCCAAUAAAUAUUUUUUAUGAGGCCACUGUACUACAUAAAGAUACAGAAAUGAAUCUUGUUGGCUCCGUUAGCAUUAUAUCACCCUACAAAGGAUUUGGCGACUGCACUAUUAAACACAAAGAUAGAAUAUAUUGCGUGUGCCAAAAAUAUAACGAUUGUGGCACUUAAGUGCUAAAA